AUGGCGGACCUUGUCGACCAUUCACCCCACCAUCCCACUAGAGCUGCCCGCUUGCACAGUGCCUCCAAUGUUGUGUUGAUUGAUAACUAUGACUCUUUCACCUGGAACGUUUAUCAAUACCUUGUUCUCGAGGGCGCUACAGUUACUGUCGUCCGCAAUGAUGAAGUGACUGUGGAGGACUUAGCUGCUAAGAAGCCGACACAACUAGUGAUCAGCCCUGGUCCCGGUCACCCCGAGACUGAUGCUGGGAUUAGCAAUGCGGCCAUUCAAUACUUCAAAGGCAAAGUCCCGAUUUUUGGUGUUUGUAUGGGUCAACAAUGCAUUAUAAAUUCCUUCGGUGGCAAAGUGGAUGUAACAGGUGAAAUUUUGCAUGGUAAGACCUCGGUCUUGAAGCACGAUGGAAAGGGCGUCUACCAGGCAUUACCCACUGCCUUCUCUAUUACUCGAUACCACUCCCUCGCUGGAACCAACUCGACCGUUCCAGAUGCUUUGGAAGUCACCUCUUGGGCUGAGCUUGAGGACGGUAGCGGAACUGUCAUCAUGGGAGUGCGCCACAAGGAGUUUACAAUCGAAGGAGUGCAGUUUCACCCUGAGAGUAUCCUGACAGAAUAUGGCCGCGCCAUGUUUGGAAACUUCCUGAGGCUCACUUCUGGAACUUGGUCUGGCGCUAAGCAAGAGGCACCUGCUGUGAGCAAAUCAGUAGUUCCAGUGGACAAAAAGUUGUCCAUCCUGGAGAAGAUCUACGCCCACCGUAGAAAUGCCGUUGCCGAGCAAAAGAAGAUCCCAGCUCUCCGUCCAGAGACACUUCAGGCUGCUUAUGAUUUGAAUAUCGCCCCUCCGCAGAUUUCCUUCCCUGCACGUCUCAGACAGUCAGACUAUGCUUUGUCUCUGAUGGCAGAGAUCAAGCGAGCUUCCCCCUCAAAAGGAAUCAUCUCAGCAGAUGUAUGUGCUCCUGCGCAAGCUCGUGAUUAUGCGAAGGCUGGUGCUAGUGUUAUCUCAGUGUUGACGGAGCCUGAAUGGUUCAAAGGAACCAUUGACGACCUCCGAGCUGUUCGACAAAGCUUUGAAGGACUCGCCAACCGUCCUGCUAUCUUGAGAAAGGAGUUUGUCUUUGAUGAAUACCAAAUUUUGGAGGCUCGGCUGGCAGGUGCUGAUACAGUUCUACUGAUUGUGAAGAUGCUUAGCCUCGAGCUCCUUACAAGACUGUACCAUUACUCUCGCAGCCUUGGGAUGGAGCCUCUAGUUGAGGUCAACACCCCCGAAGAGAUGAAAAUUGCAGUUGACUUGGGAUCUGAAGUGAUUGGCGUCAACAACCGCGACUUGACAAGCUUUGAAGUCGACCUUGGUACUACUAGCCGUCUGAUGGACCAAGUACCAGAAAGCACGAUUGUCUGCGCAUUGAGUGGAAUUACGGGCCCUAAGGAUGUUGAGGCAUACAAGAACGAAGGAGUCAAGGCUAUUCUUGUGGGCGAGGCCCUGAUGCGGGCGCCAGAUACCUCUGCCUUCGUGGCACAACUGCUGAGCGGAUCCUCUGGCCAAACUUCAAAAACAAACUCUCCCUUGGUUAAGAUCUGUGGUACCCGAUCUGCGGAGGCCGCUCAGGCUGCCAUUGAGGCGGGUGCUGAUUUAAUUGGGAUUAUCCAAGUCCAAGGGCGAUCCAGAAAAGUAUCUGAUGAUGUUGCACUUAGCAUUUCACAAGUGGUCAAGUCAACACCACGCCCUGUUACUUCAUCCGGUGAUGCUCUGCAACAAAAGCCGAGCUCCACUGCCACUGAGUGGUUCGACCACUCCUCUACCCUCUUACGACACCCGUCUCGGGCGUUGCUGGUUGGUGUUUUCAUGAACCAGCCAUUGUCAUACGUCAUUUCACAACAACAGAAGCUGGGGCUUGACAUCGUGCAGCUCCAUGGUUCAGAGCCAUUAGAAUGGGCUAGCCUGAUUCCUGUACCUGUUAUUCGCAAGUUUGCCCCCGGUGAUAUUGGAAUCGCCCGCCGAAACUACCAUACUCUACCUUUGCUUGAUUCCGGUGCUGGUGGCUCUGGCCAGCUUCUGGAAGGAGUCGGGGUUCAGAAAGCACUCGACAGUGACGAGGGACUGCGUGUUGUUCUUGCUGGGGGAUUGACCGCUGAGAAUGUUGUUGAAGUUGUCAGCCGCCUUGGCCAGUCAGGAUCGAAGGUAGUGGCGGUGGAUACCAGUUCCGGGGUGGAAACCGAUGGGAAACAAGAUGCGAACAAGAUUCGGGCAUUUGUUAAAGCUGCUAAAAGUAUUCGCCAGUAA